AUUAGUGGGUAUGAAUAUAAUUGUGAUACAGAUUUUGAGAGGAGUAUCCCUUUAAUGCCACUUUGAGCCAGUCUCCUCGAAGGUUACGGUAACGUUAAAUUUAAAUUUUGCUGUGCGCAUUACCGUAAUGUCCGGAUUCAGACAGAAAUAACAGAUCACAGAUCCCCCCCCCUAAUCAGGCGCAGCUAGAGGAUAGAGAGAAAAAUGGAGUGCCUUUGGCUGUGGAGGCUUUUAACACUCCUGCAAGUUUGUGAUUUAUGUUUGGUCGCUGCAGCAGGCAAAGAGUGGAAGAAAAUUAGAGAAAAUAUAUCUGAUGUUGUUAAAGAGUACACUUCCUGCAACCCUGUCAACUGCAGCUGCCAUCUAAGUGUCCUGCAACAUGACUUGCGUCCCUUUAAAGGAGGAAUCUCUGAGGAGUUCAUGGCUGCAACUGUUCAAAGAGGGGUGGGCACCCACUACCAGAUUAUUGGUCAAAAGUUGUACAGAGAAAACAACUGUAUGUUCCCUGCCAGGUGCAGCGGCGUGGAGCAUUUCAUCCUGGAGGUGAUCGAUAGGUUACCUGACUUGGAGAUGGUGGUUAAUGUCAGAGAUUACCCCCAAGUCCCCAACUGGGUGCAGCCGACCCUGCCUGUUUUCUCUUUCAGUAAGACCUCAGACUACCAGGACAUCAUGUACCCGGCGUGGACAUUUUGGGAGGGCGGGCCCGCUGUGUGGCCCAUAUACCCCACUGGGCUGGGGAGAUGGGAUCUGAUGAGGGAUGACCUGAAAAAGUCUGCAGCUCAGUGGCCGUGGAAGAAGAAGGAGUCCAGAGGAUUCUUCAGAGGCUCUCGGACCAGUCCAGAGCGAGACCCUCUGAUCCUUCUGUCCAGAGAGGCUCCAGAGCUGGUGGAUGCAGAAUACACAAAGAACCAGGCCUGGAAGUCUGAGAGGGAUACACUAGGGAGACCCCCAGCCAAAGAAAUCCCACUGGUUGAUCACUGCAAAUACAAGUAUUUAUUUAACUUCCGGGGUGUGGCGGCCAGCUUCCGCCUCAAACAUCUCUUCCUCUGUGGUUCUCUGGUGUUUCAUGUGGGGGAUGAGUGGCAGGAGUUUUUCUACCCUCAGCUCAAGCCCUGGGUGCACUACAUCCCAGUCAAGCAGGAUCUGUCUGACGUCAGGGAACUUCUACAGUUUGUCAAAGAGAACGAUGCCGUAGCGCAGGAGAUCGCCACAAGGGGUAAGGACUUCAUCCUGGACCACCUGCGGAUGCGAGAUGUUUCCUGCUACUGGGAGAGACUCCUCACCGAGUUCAGCCAACUUCUCACCUACAAACCCAAAAGAAGGAACGGCUACAACCAGAUUGUCCACAGACCCAGCAAGACGGAGCUAUAAGACGGAGGCUCGGCGGGGACCGGAGCGGUUGUAGUGAAGGGAAACUCUAGAUAAUGAAUGUAACCACUCGCGUUCCAGUUUUGUUAAAAUAACGCCACAGUUUUUAGCUGAUAUAAAGUCAAAAAGCUUUGACCAGAUACUUUUCACACUUAUUUUUUAAUGAGCUCAGUGUUGUAGUCUAACGAAGAGCACGAUUGGUCGAUUGACGCCCAUGUGCUCUUAGAGGAGUAACAGUUACAAGGGGCGGAGCUUAGUAUUACACAGGUGUAGCUGAUAGUUGACUCUGGUUUCACUGCCAUAUCUUCAGGUGCCACUUCUUAUCUUCAAAUCUUCAUAGAUCAUUUUCUGGUUCCAAAAAAUAACAAACUAAACUCACCAGCAAAGAAACAUGGGGGAGACGUUUGUUGCUAAGCUUUUAUUUUACUCACUAAAGGGGCAUUCCACAGGUUUUACACAAAAAUGCUACUGCAAAGCCUGUGUGUGAACUUGAGUUGGCAAGCUGUGGCAGGAAGUGUUUAAUUAAAACAAUUGCAUUAUGGGAAAUGUAGGAUUUUUUUUUAUUUUUUUUAUUUUUUUAUUUUUUUUUUUAAGUUUGAGCAAAACAAGGGAGUAAAGGUUGUGAUAUUUGGGCUUCUGCUGCUAGGAUUUCAACCAUUGUUUUUCCUUUUUCCAUCAAGUAAGUUGCUGAAUUGAUGGACAACCCCUUUAACAUGCAGUGUAUAAUCUGACUUGCAGAAUUUCACAUUAUUAUUUUGAAUUUGUUUGAAAUUAUUAUGAAAAACAAGGACGGGGUAGAAAAGGUUCAGUGCCUUGCUAAAGAAAAAUGACACGUUCGCUUAAAUUGAAUCCUGCACACUUAGCUGUGGCGCACCUACAAGUCUAAUAUUUAAUUUGAAAUUAUAGCAAAGUGUUUUGCUGGCUGUUAACACAGAGGAUGUACCAAUAAUAAUAGUUACAGAUGUCAUGCUGCUGCAUAUUUAAUGUAGUGUAAUAUGUUGGGAGAAUUUCUUGAGAAAUGGCAAAUAUCCACUAUCGUUGUCUGACCUUUUUGUACAUAGAAUAAUACAGACAGUCUUCUCUGAGAAACGUAACGGUUUAAGGUCCAUAUCUGCACAAGUCCUGUUAAUAUAAACAUGAAGAAUAACCUAAAGUGAUACUCACUCAGCUGAUAGUUAAUAUGAAGUAGAUGGAUUAGUGUUCUUGAUGGGAGAAAGUGUCAUGUUGAACAUUUUAGACUGUUGAUCUUUGUGUUUCAAGUAGCUUAAAUAUGAGCUGUUUUGUUUUGUUUUGUUACAUCGCCCUCCACUGGACCGCCGGAGAAACUCCAGCAGACUGUUACCAAGUUUCACUACACCAACGUAUAUAUCCAUGUACUUGUUGAUGCAAACAAUGCAAUAAUAGCUUCUUGAUAAGUUCUGAGGUUCCAUGACUUAAAAGUACAAAAGAAUUACAAGCAUUUCAUUUCACACAAAGUGCCAACAGAUAGCAAUAAUGACUUUUAAUUUGUUUCACUCUGAAUCAUGUUAAUUGUUUUUACUUUUAUUCUGAAAAUAAUCUCUAUUUGGGUUCAGACAUGACUGAUUGUGUGUAAUCCAUACAGGAUAAUGUUGAAUAUGUUGUAGUAUUCGCGUUGUACUGUGAGCAAGCAAGUUCUCUUAAAUGUUUUUUUUUAACAGUCUGUUUUACUGUGGGGGAAAAAAAAAAAUGCUCCGUUAAAAUGUUGAUUUGACCAAAAAGCUGUGAUCAUGUGCCUGAUCAUGUGACAUUCAAAUUGUUGUCACAGCUUGUGCAGCGGUUUUGUUCUUAAACUUUGGUUCUUAAAAAAAACAUUUCACUCA